AGUUCCAGUUCAUCCCCUCCUUCAACUGCGACAUCGAGCGAGUCACCGACAACGGCUGUGUCCUUCACAUUCAGCCCGCGAUAUGCAUUCGACCUCGCAGUCGAUGACAGAAUCCCGAAAGUAGAGGAAAUAGAGGAAGAUCUGCUCAAGAAUGGGAAAAUGGAUACUUUGCCGGAAGUGGAGGACACUUCGCUUUCAGAAGAGUUGGUCGUUCAGAAGAGACCGAGGGGUCGACCAAGGAAACAUCCCAAGGAUUCCCCAACGGUUCUUCUAAAACCAUCGAAAGGAAGGUCAAAGACUGGGUGCAUAACAUGCAGGCGACGGAAGAAGAAAUGUGACGAAACGAAACCCGAAUGUAGGCUCUUCCAUACGCUACCACUCGUUUGAAGCGGGCCUUCUUAUAUGUCGCAUACUACAAACCGAGCGGACUUGAUACUGACGUUCGGGAUAGGCAAUCAUUGCAUAAAAAACAAUGUCACAUGCGAAGGGUACCCACCUCGAGAUUACUGGCAAAGUGGGAGGCAGAGGCUCAUGAAAGUAGCUCGACGGAACAGCCAUGAGAGUCCUCGAACUCUCCCCACUCUCAUAGAUGGCGUCGAAAAUGAUAUGGAUUGGCUCCUGCUGAACCACUUUCAACUUGGAGUGAGCAAAGUUCUCAGCCUAUGUAUGGAGAGAAACAAUCCGUUCAAGGAGCUUUUCAUGCCAAUGGCAAUGCAGCAUAAGGGUCUCAUGCAUUCUCUUCUCUGCCUCGCUGGAACUCAUCUUAUCACCAAGGAUAAGGAGGCGAACUUGGUCGCCUAUCAAGAAAGGCAGUCGCACCACUACUCGCUAGCUCUGCAAAUAUUACGGACAGAUACAAACCUAGCGAACGCCCGAGGAGGAGAUCAAAAGGUCAUCAUCGAUGAUCCCACGACCGCACAAACCGUUCUUCUCUGUUUGAACACCAUCACAGCUGGGGAUGUUUCUGGGGAGUAUCGGACUCACAUGGACAUCGCCAGGUUUGCUAUGCAGCGUAGCAACGCCUACAACAAUGACUUCCGGGGUUUUAUUUACGAGUUUUUCGUCUACCACGACGUCUCAAACUCCAUUACCGCAGUGGAUCGUCCGAAUAUCCUCAUGUCCGAGGACUUCCAGCUUCCGGAAUACAUGAUGCAACAACCUGCGCUCGGAAACUUCCUCGGAGUUAUGGAUGGUCUGUUUUUGUGUAUGUCCCGGAUUCGGAGCCUACGCGACCGAGUUCGUGCGCGAAGUCAAUCGGGCGAGAAGCCAGUGGUCGACUUCCAGAUCCUUUCCGAAGCGCAAGGAAUCGACCAGGAGCUCCGGGAUUGGACGAGUACGCAGCCACUGGAUUCACCUCGCUGGACACUAUCAAUGCUUUACCGGCAAUGUACCUGGAUUUAUCUGCACCGGACCAUUCUACCAUCAGUACCGAACGCCCAACUCAGCAUGGCGGUUGAAGAAGGCCUGGCGUUUUUGCGCCAUCUGCCGUCAGAUUCAUCCACCCAAAGCCUAGUGUUAAUGCCGCUUUUCCUACUCGGCUGUGCCGCAUUCGACGAGACUCAACGGCCUACCAUUUGCGAGGCGUUUGAUAACUUGAUGACCUUCUCCAGCUUAGGCAACAUUGUCCAUGCUCGGAAGAUCCUAGGAGAGGUCUGGCGUAGGAUGGACGCAGGACUUGAUUCAUGGGAUUGGGAGUCAAUCAUCCAAGAGAUGGGUUUGGAUUUCUUAAUCACUUAAGCAUCUUGUGGAACGAGUUUCUUUGAGGUCAUCAAAAUUAUUUGGUCACGGCUGCUUGGAGGGGGCUGGCCGUUUUGCUGCUGCCUUUCUGCAAAAUUAUUUCGCUAUUGCGGUUUCUUAUUCUUCAUGACUUUUCUCCUUCAAUGAUGGUAUAGCUAUGUUGGUCUUGGUUUACUGGGAAAGGAGCGCCUGGAGUCUGAACUCAUCGGGCGAGACAAUGGAGGUAUCUGGAGUUGGAUGUCUCUCGCAGUACCAUGGGAAAAUGCUGCAACAUUGGGACGGAGAAACCACUGCCAUUUGGGCGGCCC